AUGUCUGGCCCUUCACGAACCCUUUCGUCUACGAACUUGUGCAAUCCCCCAUCGGCAAGUAGGCAAGAUACUCAGGAGAGAUCUUUGAAAAUGCCUCCAAGUAGCGACUUGAAAGAAAGUGAGAUGUGGAAAGAAUUAAUGCUAAAAUUGAAUGAAAAAGAGGAAAAACUGGAAGAAAAAUACGAUCAGCGACUUCAAAAGCUGAGUGAUGACCACGCAACAGCCAUGGAUAAACAAAGGAGCGAUUUGGAAAAGAAACUUCAAGAUCAAAAUAAUAUGCACGCAGAAGCAAUGCAGGAACAAAAGAAUGAAUUGGAAAAGAAACUUCAAGAUCAAAAUAAUAUGCACGCAGAAGCAAUGCAGGAACAAAAGAAUGAAUUGGAAAAGAAACUUCAAGAUCAAAAUAAUAUGCACGCAGAAGCAAUGCAGGAACAAAAGAAUGAAUUGGAAAAUAAACUUCAAGAUCAAAAUAAUAUGCACGCAGAAGCAAUGCAGGAACAAAAGAAUGAAUUGGAAAAUAAACUCCAAGAUCAAAAUAAAAUGCACGCAGAAGCAAUGCAGGAACAAAAGAAUGAAUUGGAGCAAACAGAGAAACAAUUGAAAGACCAAAAUGCGAGAAUAGCAGAGCAAAGCAAAGAGUUGGAGAAAACAGAGAAACAAUUAAAAGAUCAGGAUGCGAAAAUAGCAGAGCAAAGCAAAGAGUUGGUUGAAGUGAAAAACAAGUUAGACACUGUUCAGGAAGAGUUAGAUGACAUCAAGGAUUUCGAGACAAUGUACAACAAACUUGGAGGGGAGACCUACUUCUAUAUGGAUCUGGGGAAAUGCUACAAAAUGAUGAAAGAAGAAUGUAAAGGUGAUAAGGAAAAGCUGAAACAACUGGAAUCUUGGUACAAACAAAAAAAAAAUAUGAGAGUGAAGAGAAUUGGCGUCGCCGCGGUUGCUGGUGGCGUUUUUGGCGGAAUGAUUGGGGGUCUCUCUCUCCACAGCCAAGCGUUUGUUUUAUUCAUAACUAGCAUAGGAGUGCCGCCAAUUGGCGUUGUAGCAAUCGGUGCUGGAAUUGGAUUUGUUAUAGUAGGCUUGAGUUUGGCAGCCUACAAAGCAUAUCGAAAUGAAAAAAUGAAAAACAUAAAUAUUGAUAAUAAAACACAAGCCAAAGUAGGUAUAGAAAAUGAGUCAGCCGAAAUGCCUUGUCAGAAUGAUUGUGAGAGUAAGACAUCGGAAGUCAUGAAUGAUCCCAUGUCACUGUCAUUCAAAAACCCUUUCUCACCGUCAACGAUGAAAGUAAUUAUUUCUUAUAAUUAAAUAAACACGAUUAUUUUCCUUAUAUACAAGGUGUCUCAAAAGUAAGGAUACACUUCUAAUGUUGAUUUUCUUUUUAGGUACUCGUCCUAGAGCGUUCAU